CAUCUCCAGUGCUGCUUGGUUGGAAUUGCGGCGUCUAUUGUGGAAAUCAAAUUGGGUUGAUCGGGAAGAACUAUUGCGGCGGUGGUAGGAAUCUGGAACGUUCUUUUGCUCUGUAUCAAAAUUUGGGCUCUUGGUUGGGCUUUUUUAAGUUAGCUUGGAUGGUCCCUUUUUGUUUUGUUUAUAUUUGUUUGUGGGUCUUUAUUAUGUGAAUUACAAUUUUAAUAAAUUUUUGUUCCUUAAUACGGAAAGGAUUUAUCCAAAAAAAAAAAACCAAUCGGCUUUCGUUUAAUUCCAAUUUCUGAUUCCCUCCCGCUCCCCCCCCCAAUAUAAACAGAGGGCCAAGUGGCUGUUCACUGCUCCAUUCCACAUCACUCGAUCUUCUGAGAAAUCGAGAAAUGGCGGACGAUAUUCGUUUCUUCCGGUUGAACACCGGAUCUAAGAUCCCUUCAGUAGGGUUAGGGACCUGGCAGUCGAGCCCUGGCCUCGUCGGAGACGCCGUGGCCGCCGCCAUCAAGGCAGGAUAUCGCCAUAUCGAUUGUGCUCAACGCUAUGGCAAUGAGAAGGAGAUUGGUUUGGUUCUCAAGAAGUUGUUUGAAGAUGGCAUGGUGAAGCGCGAGGAUUUGUUUAUUACCUCCAAACUCUGGAGUACAGAUCAUGCACCAGAAGAUGUAUUAGUGGCAAUGGACAGGACUUUGAGAGACUUGCAGCUUGAUUAUGUUGACUUGUAUCUGAUGCAUUGGCCAGUCCGGUUGAAGAAGGGGUCAGCAAGUUUUGAUCCUGAAAACCUGGUUCAACCAGAUAUCCCUUGCACUUGGAGAGCAAUGGAAACCCUCUAUGAUUCGGGUAAGGCUCGAGCUAUUGGCGUAAGCAAUUUCUCUACGAAGAAACUGUCAGAUUUGCUGGAUGUGGCACAUAUUCCUCCAGCUGCUGUCCAAGUGGAGUGUCAUCCUUCGUGGCAGCAAGGCAAGCUACAUUCUUUCUGUAAAUCCAAGGGAGUUCAUUUACAGGGAUACUCACCACUGGGUUCUCCGGGCACAUCAUGGAUCAAAGGUGACGUCCUUCAGAAUCCAAUCCUUCUCAUGGUCGCAGAAAAACUAGGCAAAACUCCUGCACAAGUUGCUCUUAGGUGGGGACUGCAAAUGGGGCACAGUGUUCUUCCUAAGAGUACUAAUGAAACAAGGAUCAAGGAGAACUUCAAUGUCUUUGGCUGGUCUAUCCCGGAGGACUUGUUCGCCAAGCUUUCUGAGAUUCAGCAGGCAAGAUUGGUUAGAGGGACUCAAUUUGUUCAUGAUACGUAUGGGGCCUACAGGACGCUUGAGGAAUUGUGGGACGGAGAAAUUUAGAAGUCCGGAUGAGUGCUUCAAUGGAAGACAAUGUUGAAGCAAUUUUUCAGUUUCUUCAAAGUAAAGAGUUCGGAUUUUUUCCGGCCUGUAUGAAUGUAGUGAAACGAGUUUCGCCAAAUAUACACAAACAGAACCGGUUGCAAAGGCUAUUUUUAAAGAAUAAGACUAGGGUGAUACAUUUGGGCUCUCUUACAUUGAAUUUUUCGGUAUGCUCCUGUGUAAUACAUACACUGGGAUUUUUGGUUGUUCAAAUUUGGCUCCUAUGAACUAAUGUCUGACGACCAAAAAUCUUGUUGCAUAAUAAAAUCUUCGUUUGUACAGACAUA